AUGACCAAUAUCGCACGGUGGGUAGAAUUACUGAGCAAACAGAAGCAAAGUUGCUUCUAUGUGUUUCGGUUGGAUGGGAUCGGCCUUCUUCGACAGUUGUUGUUCGAGGAGUUCCUUUAUAGGAAGGUCGCACCAGUGGCUGAAAAUUGCGCAUUCUAUCUGGUAAACAACCACAGCAGGACAGGCACAAAGGCCGUUGUUAUGGGUCUAGGAGGAAAAGCUCACCAGUUCGUUAGAGAUGUCAACGAAACCAAAUCGAGAGGAAUAUCAAUAAUAAGACGUUUCACGGGAGGAGGCACCGUUAUAGUAGAUGAAUGCAGUGUAAAUACCAGCUUGAUAGCGUCUACGCAGUUUGCCAAGGAUAUUUGCCCGACUGACAUAUGCAGAUGGAGCUACGACAAUGUUUUCAGCGGCUGCGGCAUAUUCAAUGAUAAGUUUAAAUGUAUCGAAGGGGAUUACGUAGUGGAAGAGUAUGGUGACAUGGAGUCGAAUAACUCUACUGGAAUGGGUGACGCUGAACAGUCUCCGCUCAUAUACAAAGUGGCGGGCAAUUCCCAGGCUUUCAACAACAAAGCAUUUGUCCAUCACAGCGUUUUUCCGUGGAGCAUAUCACCCCUCAUAUCGCAAGUGCUCCUGCGUCCCGCCAAAAUGCCGAAAUACAGGGAGGGUCGAGAUCAUAUUUCUUUCGUCCGUAGCGUACGGGAGGCCUUAGACCCGGAUCAACGUUUGAACACAGCGGACGAAUUCGAAGAAAUCUUGUGUAAACGUGCUGGAUUAAAACUAUCCAACAUGUUAGAUCGCAGAGUGCACGUCGAGGUGUCAGUAGAUCGAAAGGCAGCCGAAGACAUUGGGACGAUGUUCCAAAAUGAUUCUGCUCAUUUUUCAGAGGCAUUCAUUGACGAUGCCAUUGCAACACUAGAAUUACCUUCAACUACGGUGCUGUGA